AUGAAUACUUUUUCACAUGUACCGCCGGGUUUCCGAUUUCAUCCCACAGAUGAGGAACUGGUUGAUUAUUAUCUGAGGAAAAAGAUUGCUUCCAAAAGAAUCGAUCUAGAUGUCAUCAAAGAUGUAGAUCUUUACAAGAUUGAGCCAUGGGAUCUUCAAGAACUGUGCAAAAUAGGAACUGAAGAGCAAAAUGAGUGGUACUUUUUUAGUCACAAAGAUAAGAAGUACCCAACUGGAACUCGCACAAAUAGAGCCACAAAAGCUGGAUUCUGGAAAGCUACGGGAAGAGACAAGGCCAUAUAUUCAAGGCAUAACCUGAUUGGCAUGAGAAAGACCUUGGUGUUUUAUAAAGGCCGAGCUCCCAAUGGCCAAAAAUCUGAUUGGAUCAUGCAUGAGUACAGACUAGAAACCAACGAAAAUGGAACUCCUCAGGAAGAAGGAUGGGUUGUGUGUCGGGUGUUCAAGAAGAGGAUGCCAACAAUGAGAAAAGUCGGCGACUACGAAUCGCCGUGUUGGUACGACGACCAAGUCUCCUUCAUGCCGGACCAACUGGAGUCCCCGCGGCGAAUCUCUCAUCACCCCUCGGCCUUGAUCGCGUCAUACAAUAUUCCCCACCACCAUCACCAUCACUACGCCUGCAAACAAGAGCUUGAAUUGCAAUACAGCAACAACAUUAUGCCUGCAGACCCUUUCUUUCAGCUCCCGCAAUUGGAGAGCCCCAAAGUCCCAUACGCCGGCUAUGAUAGAAACACGGCUGCGAGUACCGCUAUGCAGUCCUCGACGCUGACACAAGAAGAUCAGCAACAAAGCAACAACAACAACCAGCAGAACUUGAACUCACUUUUCAGCAUCACAAACAACGUUAUCAAUAGCGAGCAAGCGGUCGAUCAGGUCACGGAUUGGAGAGUUCUAGACAAGUUUGUUGCUUCUCAGCUCAGCCAUGACCAGGAUAUUGCUUCCAAGGAAAUUACAAGGGCAGCUCAUAAUGUUUUUCAUGUGGCUGAACAUAUGAACAAUGAUCAGUCCAAAAGGCCCGAAAUCGCGCAGGAUUACGCGUCCACGUCCACCUCCACCAGUUGCCAGAUUGAUCUAUGGAAGUGACAAAGUACUUAUCAAAUAAAAAUUACUACUAUACAGUAUAAUUUAGUUGAUGAUAUACAUAUUACUAAUUAAUCAAGAUAUAUAGGAAGUUACAGUGGAGGGAAAUUAAAAGAAGUACUGCUAUUAAUCCGCGUUGCUGUACAUAUAUAAUAAGAAAAAUAUGGGAAGUACCGUACGUAUUGCUUUAAGGGAUGUUAUCGACUUCUUGUGCCCUUUGUAUUGAUUGAUAUACUAGAGACAACUAUAAUUAGUAGUUAUUAGACCAAUAUAUGCUACAGAAUAAGGUUGUUAAUUAUAUUACAUAUAGGCGGACUU